AUGAAUAUUAUUAAGAACGUGAUCAAAUUCAACAUGACACAAUCUAAGAAACUCACAGGACGUGAAUUAUAUGAUGCUAUUGGUAGACCAAAAACUAUUGUGGCACCUAUGGUAGAUCAUUCAGAAUUAGCAUGGAGAAUACUAUCACGUAGAUAUGGAGCAGCCUUAUGUUAUACCCCAAUGUUUAAUGCUAAAUUAUUUGCAACUCAAGAGAAAUAUCGUGAUUCUAUGUGGACUAAAGGAUUGGAUGGCAAUGAGAAACUUGAUCGUCCUUUAGUUGUACAGUUUUGUGCUAAUGAUCCUGAUUAUUUAUUAACUGCUGCAAGAUUUAUUGAAGAUCAAUGUGAUGCAGUUGAUAUUAAUUUGGGAUGUCCUCAAGGAAUUGCAAGAAAGGGUAGAUAUGGGGCAUUUUUGAUGGAUGAUUGGGAAUUAAUUCAUAAGUUAAUUAGAAAUCUUCAUGAUAAUUUGAAAAUACCAGUCACUGCAAAAAUUAGAAUUUAUGAUGAUUAUGAAAAAAGUUUAGAAUAUGCCAAGAUGGUUCUAGAUGCUGGAGCUCAAUUUAUAACUAUUCAUGGAAGAACAAGAGAAAUGAAAGGUCAAAAAACUGGAUUAGCAAAUUGGAAAAUUUUGAAAUAUUUAAGAGAUAAUUUACCAAAAGAUCAAGUUUUUUUUGCUAAUGGAAAUAUUUUAUAUCCGUCAGAUUUGAAAAGAUGUGAAGAACAAAUUGAAUGUGAUGCUGUCAUGUCAGCAGAAAGGUAA